AUGAUGAACAUAACGUAUGGAAGCUGGGCGGCGACGGGCCAGCACACCGCGUCGCGUGCGGGCUCGCGCCGCCGCCUGAUCGCGGCUGUCCUCUUGGCGCAGUUCCUCUCCCUGUGCCUGGCCGUCACGGGCAUCUCCUCCGCCGCCCUCGCCGCCGCCGGCGUCGCGCUGCCGACCAGCCAGUCGGUGCUCAACUACGGGCUGCUGGCGCUCGCGUUCGGCGGCGCGCGGCUGGCGCGCGGCGGCGCGCUCGCGCGGCCGUGGUGGUGCUACGCGGCCCUUGCCUUGGUGGAUGUCGAGGCAAACUUCCUCGUGGUGAAGGCCUAUCAAUACACAAGCCUCACGUCCGUCACACUUCUCGACUGCUUCACCAUCCCCGCUGUCAUCGCGCUCUCCUAUUUCGUCCUCUCUGCCCGCUACCGCCCCCGCCACUACGUGGCCGCGGGCGUGUGCGUCGCUGGCCUCGCGCUGCUGGUGGCGAGCGAGGGCGUGAGCAGCACGGCGGGGCCGGCGCCGCUGCUGGGGGACGCGUUGGUGGUGGCGGGCGCGCUGCUGUACGCUGUCAGCAAUGUUACGCAGGAGCUGUUCCUUGGGGCCGCCUCCACAGCUGAGGUGUUGGGCAUGGUCGGCGCCUUCGGCGCACUCAUCGCCGCGGCGCAGGCUGCCCUGCUCGAGCGUGGCGCGUGGGCCGCGCUGCUCGCGCCCGACGCCGGCGGCGCGGGCGGCGCCGGGCAGGCGGAGGGACGGCACGCGUUGGUGCAGUCUGUGGGCGUCGCGUUUGGCGCCUUCACCGCGGCACUGUUCGCCUUCUCGUCGCUCGUGCCGGUGGUGCUGGUCUGGGGCGGCGCGACGGCCCUCAACCUGUCGCUGCUGACGUCAGACAUGUGGGCGGCCGCCGCGCGCGUGCUGCUGUUCGGCGGCUUCGGCGGCGCCGGCGGGUGGUUCGCGGCGUCGCUCGCGCUCGUCGCGGCGGGGCUCGUGCUGUACGCGUCUGCAGGCAGCGCCAAGGCGGACGACGGGCGCGGUGCAGCCGGCGACGGCGGCGCGUCGGCGCUGCAUGCGAGUGCGCGCGGCUUCGAGGCCGUCCCUGUUGCUGACGAGGACGACCACUUUUCAAGUGAGCAGCAGGAGCAGCAACGGCUUCGGCAGCAGCAGGAACAGCAGCAGGGGCAGGGGCAGCAGCUGCGACGAGAGGGCAGCGGCGCGGAUCUGCUUGUUCAGUGGCAGCAGGCCCCGCCGCCGCGGCCGGCGCCGGCUGGCACGGUCUAG